ACCAUGGAGAACCUGUACGGACCGGGCAGCGAGGGCGCCGCCCCCAGCGCGGACGACUGUGAUGCGGGCGGCCUGGCGCCCGAGGAGGUGGACAUGCUGCUGCAGCGCUGUGAGGGGGGCGUGGACGCCGCACUGCAGUAUGCCAAGAACAUGGCCAAGUACAUGAAGGACCUCAUCGGCUACCUGGAGAAGCGGACUGCGCUGGAGAUGGACUUUGCCAAAGGUGUGCAGAAGAUCGUGUACAACUGCAGACAGAGCUUCAUGCAGGAGCCGCACAUGCCCCUCCUGUCCAUCUACUCCCUGGCCCUGGAGCAGGACCUGGAGUAUGGCCAUGGCAUGGUGCAGGGGGUGAGCACGCUGCAGACCCAGACCCUCAUGCAGCCCCUGAACCUGAGGCGGCUGGAGCAUGAGAAGCGCAGGAAGGAGAUUAAGGAGUCAUGGCACCGUGCCCAGAGGAAGCUGCAAGAGGCGGAGUCCAACCUGCGCAAGGCCAAGCAGGGCUACUCGCAGCGCUGUGAGGACCACAGCAAGGCUCGCUUCCUGGCGGCCAAGGCCGAGGAGGAGCAGGCGGUCACUGGGCCCGGGGCCGCCGCCUCCAAGACCCUGGACAAGCGGCGGCGCCUGGAGGAGGAGGCUAAGAACAAGGCAGAGGAAGCCAUGGCCACCUACCGGACGUGUGUGGCCGACGCCAAGACACAGAAGCAGGAACUGGAGGACACCAAGGUGACGGUGCUGCGGCAGAUCCAGGAGGUCGUCCGGCAGAGCGACCAGACCAUCAAGUCGGCCACCAUCUCCUACUACCAGAUGUUACACAUGCAGACGGCCUCGCUGCCCGUGCACUUCCAGAUGCUCUGUGAGAGCAGCAAGCUCUACGACCCGGGACAGCAGUAUGCCUCCUACGUGGGCCAGCUGCAGCGGGACGAGGAGCCCGACGUGCGCUACGACUUUGAGCCCCACGUCUCCACCAACGCCUGGUCCCCGGUCACGCGCACCCGGAAGGGAAGCCUCGUCAGCGACGCCACGGGGGUAGAGGCCACAGGCAGCCCCGAGGAGGAAGGUGGGCCCAGCGAAGGCGCACUUGCCAAGGAGCGCAGGGGUGGGCGUGGACACCAGGUGCACAAGUCGUGGCCCACCACCAUGUCAGACUCGGACGGCAGCCUGGACCCCAGCCCUGGCUCAGGGGACUUUAAGAAGCUGGAGAGGAUGUCGUCCAGCGGCACCAUGUCGUCCAGCGAGGAGCUGGUGGACCAGGAGGGCAGCGCAGGGGCGUCAGCCUUCGAGCAGGCUGCCCUCAACGGCAUGGCCCCCGAGCUGCCGGUGGCCGUGCCCAGCGGACCCUUCCGCAACGUGGGGCUGUCCAAGGCCGCCCGCACACACCGGCUGCGGAAGCUGCGCACACCAGCCAAGUGCAGGGAGUGCAACAGCUACGUCUACUUCCAGGGCGCCGAGUGCGAGGAGUGCUGCCUGGCCUGCCACAAGAAGUGUCUGGAGACACUGGCCAUCCAGUGUGGCCACAAGAAACUCCAGGGCCGCCUGCAGCUCUUCGGCCAGGACUUCUCCCAGGCGGCCCGGAGCAUGACCGACGGCGUGCCCUUCAUCAUCAAGAAGUGCGUCUGCGAGAUCGAGCAGCGGGCGCUGCACACCAAGGGCAUCUACCGCGUCAACGGGGUGAAGACGCGCGUGGAGAAGUUGUGCCAGGCGUUCGAGAACGGCAAGGAGCUGGUGGAACUGUCACAGGCCUCGCCCCACGACAUCAGCAACGUCCUCAAACUCUACCUGCGGCAGCUGCCCGAACCUAUCCUCUCCUUCCGCCUCUACCACGAGCUCGUGGGGAUGGCCAAGGACAACCUGAAGGCCGAGGCAGAGGCCAAGGCGGCGUCGCGGGGCCGGCCAGACGCUGCCGAGAGCGAGGCCGCGGCCACAGCCAUGGCGGGCCGGCUGCGGGAGCUCCUGCAGGACCUGCCUCCCGAGAACCGGGCCACUCUGCAG